AUGGCCGACAAGAAAACCACCCCCGAGCCGUCGGGGCUGGAGCCUGGUCCGCCCGCCUACCACUCGGACGAGAGCGAUGGCAGCACCAGACACCGUGAAGUCUAUGCCUACACUGAGGAUCGCAAGAUUGGUAUCACAGGCGCUGUCUUCCUCAUCUUGAACAAGAUGAUCGGUACCGGCAUAUUUUCAACCCCCUCUGGCGUCUUCGCGGCGACCGGCUCUGUUGGCAUCAGUCUCAUGCUCUGGGUCAUUGGCGGAAUCCUCACAAUGUGCGGUAUUAGUGUGUUCCUCGAAUUCGGUCUCGCGAUCCCCCGAUCUGGAGGCGAAAAGAACUAUCUCGAGCGAGUGUACCGUCACCCUAAAUACCUUGCGACGUGUGUUCUUGCCUCGCAGAUGAUCCUGCUUGGCUUCUCGUCUGGAAAUUCCCUCGCCUUCGGUCGAUACGUCCUCUUCGCUUCCGGCAGCGAAAGUCCCGAUGGCUGGGCAGCUCGAGGCAUCGCCGUCGCCUGCGCGACCUUUGCGACCUUUCUUCACGCCGUCGCGCCCAAAUGGGGACUGCGCCUCAUCAACGUCCUCGGCGUCUUCAAAGUCGUCAUCCUGCUGUUCAUUGUCUUCUCGGGCUUUGCCGCUCUGGCUGGCCACCGCCGCGUCCCUGAUCCCGACAAUUUCAGCAACGCGUUCCGCAUCGAAGAAGGAGACGGAUACGGCAACGGCGGUGCCUACGGCUACGCGACCGCGCUGCUGCGCGUCGUGUACAGCUACAAGGGAUGGGAGAACGCCAACUACGUCGUCGGCGAGCUGAAAGACCCCAAGCGGACGCUGUCCAUUGCGGCACCCCUCGCCGUCGUCGGCGUGACGAUUCUCUACGUCCUCGCGAACAUUGCUUACUUUGCCGCCAUUCCCAAGGGCCAGCUCGCGACGUCUGAAGCCCUUGUUGCUGGCGUUUACUUCCGGAACAUGUUUGGUGACAACGCGGGCACGCGCGUCCUGCCGGUAUUUGUCUGCAUCUCCAACCUCGGCAACGUCCUCGCCGUCAGCUUUGCCCACGCCCGUCUCAACCAGGAGUUUGCCAAGGAGGGCCUUCUCCCCUUCAGCCGCUUCUGGGCCUCCAACCGGCCCUUCAACGCGCCCGCCGCCGCCCUGUUCCUGCACUGGAUCGUCACCGUCAUUGUGCUCGUCGCGCCGCCGGCCGGGCCCGCCUACAAUUUCAUCGUCGAUCUGUACACCUACCCCGGCGCCUGGGUCCUCGCGUUUGUCUGUGCCGGCCUUAUUUACCUGCAGUGGACCGAGAAGGAGAACUGGUCGUCGCCGUGGCACACGUACCUGCCCAUUUCGGUCUUGUAUCUCCUGGCCAAUGCGUUCUUGUGCAUCGUGCCCUUUAUCCCGCCGACGGGCUCGUCGGAUCCGGAUGGAUACCCGUACUACGUUUUCCCUGUCGUUGGUGUCGGCGUUUUGCUUCUCGGUGCCUUUUGGUGGCUAUGCUGGACCAAGAUUUGGCCGUCCAUCGGGGGGCAUAAGAUUGUGGCGGAGAGGGAAUACGAUGAGCAAGGUCACGAAGUCAUCAGGUACAAAAAGAUCAGCACGCGAGGGCAUGUCGGACCGGUAGAAUAA